UUUUUACUUGUACGCAUGGCUAAUGGACUAUGGAGUAGCAAACUAGCAAUGACAUACUUACCAAAUUAAGUAAAACAUUACUUUCAAACAAAAAAAAAAAGAAUAAAGGAAAAAAAAAACACCACAUUUCACGUCGAUCGGCGAUGGCGUUUCCGAUUCCACCAUGGCUGAAUCAGUACAGAGCUUCAGCAAAUUCCUUCUUAUCUCAAUACGAGCCGUUAAUUCUACUUCUUGCUCCUCUCUUCUCUCUUCUAUUCACUCGAAUUCUUCAAUCCAUCUUCCUUGUUAUUCACGAACGAGGACUCAAAGCCACAAUUAGUAAUUUCAUUAUGAGCGCCAUCAAGUUGGUGCCUGGUGUCAAAAAGUACAUCGACUCUGAGAAGCAGAAGAUAGUGGAUAAGUUGCAAGGUUCUAGUAAUAGAGAUGGAUGGAGAACUGAGUUGCCGAAGUCAGGCUUAGGAGAUAAAGUCCUAGUGCAAAUGAAAGUUGAGAAACAAAAAGAUGUGACAUGGCAGGGCAAAUGUUCGGGUACCGUCUAUAUUGGUGGAAAUGAGAAUGAGGGACAUUUUUCAUUGAUAAAUGAGGCAUGUUCCAUGUUUGCACAUACCAAUCCACUACAUCUGAGUGUGUUCCCGAGCGUUGUUAGAUUUGAAGCAGAAGUGGUUGCGAUGACAGCUGCAAUUCUUGGUAGUAAGGAAAAGGGUUCUGGAGGACAAAUUUGUGGAAAUAUGACAUCAGGGGGGACUGAAAGUAUAUUAUUAGCAGUUAAAACAUCCCGUGACUAUAUGAAAACAAAGAAAGGAAUCACUAAACCAGAAAUGAUAAUACCAGUUUCCGCACACUCAGCAUACGACAAGGCUGCACAAUAUUUCAAGAUCAAGUUGUGGCGUGUCCCCGUUGAUAAAGAAUUUCGAGCAGAUGUUAAAGCUAUUAAGCGAUAUAUUAACAAAAAUACUAUCAUGAUUGUUGGAUCGGCACCUGGUUUCCCCCAUGGCAUAAUCGAUCCAAUUGAGGAGCUUGGUGAUUUGGCUUCUAACUACCAAAUUUGUUUCCAUGUUGACCUUUGUCUUGGGGGCUUUGUCUUACCUUUCGCUCGUAAACUGGGAUACCCCGUACCUCCAUUUGAUUUCACUGUUCAAGGAGUAACCUCAAUCUCAGUGGAUGUGCACAAGUAUGGGCUGGCCCCAAAAGGAACCAGUGUAGUUCUGUACCGAAAUCGUGAAAUACGGAAGCAUCAAUUUGUUGCUGUCACUGAAUGGACUGGUGGGCUUUAUGUUUCUCCAACAAUUGCUGGAAGCAGGCCUGGAGGUCUGAUAGCUGGGGCUUGGGCAGCAAUGAUAUCUUUAGGCUCCGAAGGAUACUUGGAAAACACCAAGGAGAUCAUGGAGGCAUCAAAAAGAAUUCAGAAAGGGAUACAGGACAUUCCAGAACUGUUCGUGAUUGGAAGGCCUGAUAUGAGUAUAAUUGCUUUUGGAUCUGAUGUUGUAGACAUAUUUGAAGUCAAUGAUGUACUGUCAUCCAAAGGUUGGCAUUUAAAUGCAUUGCAGAGACCUAACAGUGUUCAUAUUUGUGUGACACUUCAACAUGUACCAGUAGUCCAGAUUUUCCUGAAGGAUCUAAGAGAUUCCGUGCAGACUGUGAAAGAAAAUCCAGGUCCAGUUAACGGAGGGUUUGCUCCAAUCUACGGUGCUGCAGGGAAGAUGCCAGAUAGAGUUAUGGUUCAAGAUCUAUUGGUCGAAUUUAUGGACAGUUCAUGCUAGUCAUUUCUGCUGAAUAGAAAAAUUUGCAAUUGUUGAUUGAUAUUGGGUUUUCUGCAUAUGGUGAAUACGAACAGAAUGUUAACAAAUGAACACUAUCGAUUCUUUUGUACUUGCUGAAUGCAUACUAGAAUAUAAUUGGUGGAAUACCUCCAAUUAUUGUUGCCAAGGUAUGGACAGUAUCUCUGGCUGCUGCACGCUCCACUUUGCCUAAUUUAUUACAAAAGACAGCUGGUUUGCAGGAAAGAACAAUAAUCUGCUUAUCUUAUUCAAUUCGAAUUAUGCGAGAGAAACCUUGUGACGAGAGGGAAUUCCAUUGUAUACUCAACUGUCAUCUAAUAGUGUCUCACUGUCCUUUUUGUCUCCUUUCAA